AUGGUUAAAGAAAAGAGAAGCCUGGCCUUGGACACUGGCUGCAGCCUACUCGUGGGAGUAGUGGGUUUUGUUCACCCCGUGAACAAAGCCAUGGCGGUCUUGGAACCGCGCCGGCAUAGGCCGAAGGUGGCACUGCAGCUAUCCUUCCUGGCCGCAGCUGUGGCUUGGUUCAGCUGGACGUUUGUGGAGGAAGCAACCUUCGUGUCCCCUGAGACUCCAUCCCUUGAUAGGCGUGGCCUGGAGGGGCGAGAGAUCUCCACAGUCGCCAUGCAGGGUGGCAACCGCAAGCAGAAUCGGCGAAACAAGCCCAAAAAGAUGCACCCAAAAACACAGGAGGAGCGCUACAAAAAGUGGGCCAUUCACCAUCCUGAGUAUGUCACCCGCCUUUUCUUUGUGCCAGAAGCGACCCUCGAAGAUUGGUCGCACACACUCAAACUGACCUUCCCGGACGGCGAGGACGAUGUCGUGUCAGAAGAAGAGGUGUUCGAGUAUUUCACAACAGAUGAGUACAAGCCAGAGGCAGUAAUUGUCGGCCAUCAGAUGCCCCACGAAGAAGUGAAGCAUGCGUACGUCCACUUCAGCGACAACGCAGCUGCCAAGAAAGCCAGGAAGGAGAAGGAUGGCGGUGCCAUUGGCAAGGCAUCGGAAGUGAAACUUGUCUACACCGACGAGAAGAAGUGGAUCCGACUGCGGGACGGUGUGAGCCUGGCGGGUGGAUUCUGGGGCCCACGGUCGCGAUGGAUGAAGGCAUACGGCACUGACAAAUACAAAGGUUGGAAAGUGGAUGAGUCGCCUCUACCUCCGGGUGAACGCAGGUCUCCAGUUCUCGUCGUCCUCAUGAGCGAAGAGCCAGACAUGCUGUCAGUGUGUAUCAUGCUAGUGGAACAGCUUCAUAGUAUCGACCCCAAGGAUGCAGAAGCUAGUUCGGUAGAACGGACCGUCUGCAUGAAAGAAGCGUUUCGCGCAGCCGCAUCACAUGUCUUUGAAGUGCAAGCGCAGAGGUCACUGACCUCCAUGGGCAGCUCUGGCUCAGUAUGCGCAGAGCUCCUGGAACAGAUGGGAUGGAAGGACCCGCCUCUUGCUGGAGACUUUCACCAUCCUGGGCUCGUGAACUAUCUGCAGAACACCUACCUGGAGGUUGUACUUCCUGUUCACGCUCCCCAGAACGACUACGGAUGUGACCAGAAGACCAAACAGUACCCUCGGCCAAACUUCUGCUGGGAAGCGUACAAGAUGCACCUGGCCAUGAUUGGCCCCAGCUCGACGUGCAAGAAGCAAUUCCUGGAUUUCAUGCCACAGAUAGCCCACAUCUUCAAGGGCACCGCAACCAAGCUGGCUCCUGGUCGAGAGGCGGUUCCAUACCACUUCCUGGACAGUGACUUGAACAGGGUGGUGCUUUGGGACCUGCCAGAGAUCAUGUUUAAGCAGAAGGCUGAGGAUUACGUCCGCGAGCUAGGUCUUCUGUACAUUGAUUGCGUCUUCAUGCUGUUCUCCGAGAAGUAUGUCCUGACGGACAUUUACUGCAAGCUUUGUGUUGCGAUGGCCUUGCACGGAAUUCCUUUCUUCGUCCUUUGCACACAAAGCGAAGAGGGCAUGGACGAAAAGGCGGUCCGAAGGCUUCAAAGCUCUUUUCAAUCACAGAGCGUCCAGGUUCGAAUGUUCAACCCAGCCAAACCGCACGAAACGCUGGAGCCACUGAUCAAUGAUUUCUUCAAAGAGGUGACCUGGAACAGAAGCAAGGGCGCUAACAGUGAGAGAGUCAAGAAUGCAAGCGAAACUGUACUGGGACAGACGGUGAGAAUCAAGAACUUGGAGAAGAAAGCAGAGCUGAACAGCAGGUGUGGAGUUUGUAUCGGCUACGAAAAGGAUCAAGAUCGAUACAUUGUGCGCCUGAUCAUGGCUGGCGUGGAGACGGAUGUGGCGCUGAGGGAUCAAAACUUCAGCGUUUUGAAGCCGAAGCUUCGUGGUUCCCUCGUUCAGCUGAAAGGGCUACAGUCAAAGCCGGAGCUGAAUGGUCGCUAUGGUUUUGUAGAUGAGUUCCUCCGCGAAAACGAACGUUACCGCAUUUUCGUGCCAGAUAAACCUGGCGUUGCGUUGAACAUGGCCCUGAAAUCAGAGAACCUGGAAAAGGUGUCAGGAACACCUGGUGCCAAGCCAGUGACGGCGGCGCCAGUUUCAAGUGGUUCUUCGCCCCCGCCGGCGUCUGGCAAGCCUGCAUAUGCACCACCUGCGCGCAAGCCUGUUUCUGCGGCUAACGGUGCGGUCAGUGGUGCCACGAAUGGUGUCGGGCACGGUGUGACAAACGGUGCUGCGAAUGGCGCCAUGAAUGGUGCAGCAAAUGGCAGAGCCAAGCACAACGGAGCUCCUGCAGCUCAGCCAAGGAAGGAAGCGAUGCCGGCUGCGAGUAGGGAGCCAGCACCGAAAGAGGACGAGGACCUCUCUGCAUUCUUGCCAAAGGUCGGAGCCACAGAAGAGGAAGGUGGAGAUGACUUGAUGUCACGUAUUUUCGCAGCCGAAAGCACGUCGGAUGUGACUCAGGCCUCAGCAAAAGUGGAGGAGAAGGCGACAGAGCCUGCGGUAACUGAAGCAGUGCCCGUCAAGAGGCUGCAUCUCUCAAAGGCAGGUCUGCUUGGUAUGCGGGUUUGGGCAGUCAUCGGUGAUUGUCCUGAUGCAGAAGACAUCAUCGAUCACUUGAUGGACUGCGGAAAGACUGUAUUCAAUGUUGGAGGUGGAGAAGGUGCACACUUUUCUUCAACCGCCGAACUCAACAUGGACCCCAACUUGCCGAAGACCGAGGUGCUGGCGUUCAUAGACCCCAAGGAUUCCAGCGCGGUUCUUGCGGCUCUGAACGAUGUCGUUAGGCUGGGCGUCCGUGGCCUGGCAUUACACCCCGACGAAUCAUCAUUUGGGUCGGAAGUCUUGGCGGAAUGCAGAAGUGCAGGCAUCGCGACUUAUGGUGUCGAUGUGCUUGAGGAUGUGCAACCUGGAGCAGGUCUUCCAGUGGCACCUUUAGACUGA